GAUUUCGCUCUUAAUUGUUCUAAAAAUAUUGAGUCAAUAAAUCGCCAAACUCAAAGGUUUAUUUUUACGGUAAAAUCUUUAAAUUUCAAGGGUUUAUUUAUAUAAACAAAACAAUUGGUCAUCACAAUUGAUGACAUGUCCCACUAUUAAAAAAAUUAAAUUUGGGAUCACCAAGAACCAAUUAAAGAUUUACCAGCCGAUCUUUGCGAUAUUAAAUACACACAGUAGAUGUCAAAGAUGGUACUUGGGUGUUUUUUCGCAAAUUUAAUUAUUAUUUUUUUUUUUUAUUUCAAACCCAAUAUUUCAAAUAUACUCUCAUUUUGUUUUUCAUUUGAAACAUCCCGCAGUCCUGUCCGAAGGACUUUCACCAACCCCUCAUUAAUCCUUUCAAUAUAACCCUUAGUUAAAGCCAUUUCGACAGAGUAUAUCAAGAUGAUGUUAUAUAAGCUUG